AUGUUUCUUUGUAUCAUUCCCUCCCUUUCUGUCCUCAUAUCACAACCUCUCUUUCUUUGUAUCACCCCUUCCCUUUGUUUCUUUGUAUCACCCCUUCCCUUUGUUUCUUUGUAUCACUCCUUCCCUUUGUUUCUUUGUAUCACCCCUUCCCUUUGUUUCUUUGUAUCACCCCUUCCCUUUGUUUUUUUGUAUCACCCUUUUUGUUUCUUUGUAUCACCCCUUCCCUUUGUUUCUUUGUAUCACUCCUUCCCUUUGUUUCUUUGUAUCCCUUCCUUUUGUUUCUUUAUAUCACUCCUUCCUUUUGUUUCUUUGUAUCACCCCUUCCCUUUGUUUCUUUGUGUCACCUCUUCCCUUUGUUUCUUUGUAUCACCUCUUCCCUUUGUUUCUUUGUAUCACCCCUUCCCUUUGUUCCUUUGUGUUACCCUUCCUUUUGUUUCUUUGUAUCACCCCCACUUCUUUCCUCAUAUCACAACCUCUCUUUGUAUCACCCCUUUGUUUCCAUGUAACACCCCUUCACUUUGUUUCCAUGUAACACCCCUUCCCCUUUGUUUCUUUGUAUCACCCCUUCCCAUUUGUUUCUUUGUAUCACCCCCUUCCUUUUGUUUCUUUGUAUCAUUCCUUCCCUUUGUUUCUUUGUAUCACCCCCUUCCUUUUGUUUCUUUGUAUCAUUCCUUCCUUUUGUGUCUUUGUAUCACUGCUUUCCUUUUGUUUCUUUGUAUCACCCCCUUCCUUUUGUGUCUUUGUAUCACCCCCUUCCUUUUGUGUCUUUGUAUCACCCCCUUCCUUUUGUGUCUUUGUAUCACCCCUUCCUUUUGUUUCUUUGUAUCACCCUUUCCCUUUAUUUGUUUGUAUUGCUCCCCUUGUUUCCUCCUAUCAUUGCUCUUUUUCCCUUUUGUAUCAUUCCUCUCUUUCUCCCCACCCCAUUUCUUUGUAUCAUCUCCCCCUUUCUUUAUCAAUAUCUCUCCUCUCUUUCUUUCUUAUUUAAAAAUAUUUUAA